UUAAAUCAAAGUCCCAAGUGUGUUAGCAUGUCGCUUGCAGUAGGGAGGGUGAUUGGAGAUGUCGUUGACCCAUUCACACCGAGUGUGACGAUGGAAGUAGCGUAUAACUCCCAUUACACGGUCUCUAGUGGGCACGAGCUGAUGCCUAAUAUCAUUACUUCUAAACCUCAAGUUCAUAUUGGCGGUGUUGACAUGCGAUCUGCUUAUACUAUUAUCUUGACUGACCCGGAUGCACCCAGUCCGAGUGAUCCUUACUUGAGAGAACAUCUCCAUUGGAUCGUCACAGACAUUCCUGGCACAACUGAUGCAACUUUUGGAAGGGAGAUUGUGAGCUAUGAAAAACCGAAUCCACUUAUAGGCAUCCACCGAUACGUUUUCUUACUAUUCAAACAGAGAGCAAGGAAAUCAGUUAGGCCACCCGCUUCCAGAGAUCAGUUCAAUACACGGAACUUCUCUCAAGAAAACGACUUAGGGUUACCGGUUGCUGCUGUCUACUUCAAUGCUCAAAGAGCAAAUGCCGCACGUAGAAGAUAACUAACUAGAUGCCAUACGUAUACUCUGCAUAUCGCGCGAAUAAAACAAUAAAACCGUUUACUAAUAGUAAUCAAACUUUUCAUCAUGCAUUUGUCUUAUAUUAAUUAACUUGUCUACAAUAUGUAAUUUGCUUCCAUGCGUUAAGUGGACUUGUGUUAUAUAUGUUUAAUAAGGAUUGCCGUUA